CGAGCUACAGACAGAGCGAGCGAGAGAGAGCAACAGAAUCGCCGGUAUCAUGACUGCCAUAUUGGAGAGGAAGUGAUUCCCGUCCACCUUAGGAGAAUAUAGCGAGAUUUAUUAAUCAAGAAGCCGACGGGGAAUCGCUUACACGACACCCAGCGAGGGGUUGAGGGGCGCGGUCUCCUCUCGUCUUUCACCGGGACGGUUCUAGCUUUCAGGAUCUAGUUUGUUAUUGUGAGUUUCCCAUCCCGAAAGCCAGGAAGAUGGCGGACCCGGCGGAGUGCACGAUUAAAGUGAUGUGCCGAUUCAGGCCGUUGAACAGUUCUGAAGUGAUGAGAGGGGACAAAUACAUCCCGAAAUUUCAAGGUGAAGACAACGUUGUGAUCGGGGGAAAGCCCUACGUGUUCGACAGAGUGUUCCAGUCCAACACCACACAGGAGCAAGUGUACAACGCAUGCGCCCAGAAGAUCGUUAAAGAUGUUCUUGAGGGAUAUAAUGGGACAAUAUUUGCCUAUGGACAAACAUCCUCUGGUAAAACGCACACAAUGGAGGGUAACCUCCAUGACACAGACGGGAUGGGCAUCAUCCCGAGAAUUGUCCAAGACAUUUUUAACUACAUUUACGCUAUGGACGAGAACCUGGAGUUUCAUAUCAAGGUUUCAUAUUUUGAAAUUUACUUGGACAAAAUUAGGGACCUUUUGGAUGUGUCGAAGACUAACCUUUCAGUACAUGAAGACAAAAACAGAGUCCCCUAUGUGAAGGGGUGCACCGAGCGCUUCGUCUGCAGCCCGGAGGAGGUCAUGGACACUAUCGAUGAAGGAAAAUCCAACCGGCACGUCGCCGUAACGAACAUGAACGAGCACAGCUCCAGAAGUCACAGCAUCUUCCUCAUCAACGUCAAGCAGGAGAACACCCAGACUGAGCAGAAGCUGAGCGGCAAGCUCUACCUGGUGGACCUGGCGGGGAGUGAGAAGGUCAGUAAAACCGGAGCUGAGGGAGCCGUCUUGGACGAGGCAAAGAACAUCAACAAGUCACUGUCGGCGCUCGGCAACGUCAUCUCUGCCCUGGCAGAAGGCACUACCUACGUUCCAUACAGAGACAGCAAAAUGACCAGAAUCCUUCAGGACUCCCUCGGGGGGAACUGCAGGACCACCAUAGUCAUCUGCUGCUCCCCCUCCUCCUUCAACGAAGCUGAGACCAAGUCCACACUCAUGUUCGGCCAAAGAGCGAAGACGAUUAAGAACACGGUGAGCGUGAACGUGGAGCUGACGGCCGAGCAGUGGAAGAAGAAGUACGAGAGGGAGAAGGAGAGGAACAAGACCCUCCGCAACACCAUCACCUGGCUGGAGAACGAGCUCAACCGAUGGCGGAACGGUGAAAGCGUGCCGGUGGAGGAGCAGUUCGAUAAGGAGAAGGCCAACGCGGAGGUCCUGGCCCUGGACAACAUGGUCAAUAACGAGAAGUCGGCCUCCACGCCCGGAGUGCCCGGGGUGCGGCUCACUGACGCGGAGAAGGAGAAGUGCGAGGCGGAGCUGGCCAAGCUCUACAAGCAGCUGGACGACAAGGACGAUGAGAUCAAUCAGCAGAGCCAGCUGGCGGAGAAGCUGAAGCAGCAGAUGCUGGAGCAGGAAGAGCUACUGGCCUCCUCCCGGCGUGACCACGAGAACCUGCAGGCGGAGCUCAACCGGCUGCAGGCAGAGAACGAAGCCUCCAAGGAGGAGGUGAAGGAGGUGCUUCAGGCCCUGGAGGAGCUGGCCGUCAACUACGACCAGAAGAGCCAGGAGGUGGAGGACAAGACCAAGGAGUUCGAAGCGCUGAGCGAGGAGCUCAACCAGAAAUCGACCAUUCUGACCUCCAUCGACUCAGAGCUGCAGAAGCUGAAAGAGAUGACGAACCACCAGAAGAAGAGGGUCACGGAGAUGAUGUCGUCUCUCCUGAAAGACCUGGCCGAAAUCGGCAUCGCAGUGGGCAGCAACGACAUCAAGCAGCACGAGGGCAGCGGGCUGAUCGACGAGGAGUUCACGGUGGCGCGCCUCUACAUCAGCAAGAUGAAGUCGGAGGUGAAGAGCAUGGUGAAGCGCUGCAAGCAGCUGGAGAGCACGCAGACUGAGAGCAACAAGAAGAUGGACGAGAACGAGAAGGAGCUGGCCGCCUGCCAGCUGCGUAUCUCCCAGCACGAGGCAAAGAUCAAGUCCCUGACGGAGUACCUGCAGAACGUGGAGCAGAAGAAGCGGCAGCUGGAGGAGAACGUGGACUCCCUGAACGAGGAGCUGGUGAAGCUCAGCGCCCAGGAGAAAGUCCAUGCCAUGGAGAAGGAGAAUGAGAUUCAGACUGCCAAUGAAGUUAAGGAAGCUGUGGAGCAGCAGAUCCAGAGUCACCGCGAGGCCCACCAGAAGCAGAUCAGCAGCCUGCGAGACGAGCUGGACAAGAAGGAGAAGCUCAUCACUGAGCUGCAGGACCUGAACCAGAAGAUCAUGCUGGAGCAGGAGCGUCUGAGGGUGGAGCACGAGAAGCUCAAGUCGGCCGACCAGGAGAAGAGCCGCAAGCUGCACGAGCUCACGGUGAUGCAGGACAGGAGGGAGCAGGCCCGGCAGGACCUGAAGGGUCUGGAGGAGACUGUGGCCAAGGAGCUGCAGACUCUGCACAACCUGAGGAAACUGUUUGUUCAAGACUUGGCAACUAGAGUCAAAAAGAGUGCAGAGAUGGACUCGGACGACACUGGGGGGAGUGCUGCCCAGAAGCAGAAAAUUUCCUUUCUGGAGAACAACCUUGAGCAGCUCACUAAAGUGCACAAGCAGCUGGUACGUGAUAAUGCAGACCUGCGCUGUGAGCUUCCUAAACUGGAGAAACGUCUUCGGGCUACGGCUGAGCGGGUCAAGGCGCUGGAGUCUGCUCUGAAGGAGGCCAAAGAGAACGCGGCGCGCGACCGCAAGCGCUACCAGCAGGAGGUGGACCGCAUCAAAGAGGCCGUCAGGGCCAAGAACAUGGCCAGGAGGGGGCACUCCGCGCAGAUCGCCAAGCCCAUUCGCCCCGGCCAGCCCCCGGUGGCGUCUCCCACCCACCCCAACGUGAACCGCAGCGGCGGGGGCUUCUACCAGAACAGCCAGACCGUGGCCAUCCGGGGAGGCGGGGGAGCCAAGCAGGAAAAGAACUGCUGAAGACCGAACAUAAUCAAAGAUGAAGACGCGGAUAUCACGCGAGAGACCCGUCAUUCCAUUACAACGAGCUCCUCCCAGCAGGAGACACGGGGGGAAUUUUAAAUAUAUAAAUAUAUAUAUUAUAUAAAUAUACCUGGCCUGUACAGUUCUACCCUUAUUGUUUUUUUUUUCCUAAAUGCAAUUGAUUUCCUUACAAAACAAAAAAAAACACAAAAUUCCAUCAAAAAAAGAUGCUAAGUGCAAUCUAGACGUCUCGCAAAAACAAAAAAAAAAAAGAAAAAAGAUUAAAAAAAAAAAAAAAAAACAUGUGACUCUAAAGCGUAGCUCGGUUUCAUUGCACAGGUUGUCGUCAUUCAUGUCUUAAAGAUUAGUCCGCACUGUGCCAAGUUGAAUGUAUGUCACAGGUUUUCAAGAGAAAAAAAAGAAAAAAAAGGAAUCCUAGCAGAAAAAUCCUAGCCUAAUUUAUGUACAUUUCCUGUGUUAGGGGGUUGUAAAGUUCUUUCUGGGUAGAUUUGAUAAGCUCGGUUAAAGGGUUGAAUGGAAUACACUAAACACUACUGUUCCCCCUGUACAGUUUGAAAUGGACCUGUACUGUAGGUGUUUUCCCUAACGUGGGUGUUUGGGGUUUGGGUGUGAAACUGCUCAGACGCUCACCGAUAUGUGUAUGCAGAGCAGGGCACUUGUUGCACAAUCCCAUGGAGGCUGAGGUCGUGAACAUUAUUAAGGAAAAAAAAAUAAAUCAAAAACUACAUGGAAAAGGAAACGAUUCCAGCCGAACAGAUGAAAGCUGCUUGGAUAUUUUCAAAUCACACUCUGUUGCCAGGUAUUCAACCAGUUAAUGUACUGUAUGAUCACGAACGAGGGUAGAUGCGUUGUUACUGAAUUCUGUACACCUGCAUACGCGAGCGUGUAUUCCGUUGGAAUGGGGGUGGAACACAUGCUUGUCCUGUCCUUGACCUUGCCCAUUCAGCACUUCGGUAUGCUUUUAACAGAGGCUGUUCUCACUCUGAUAUUAGAUGGCCAAUAGGAUUCUAGAUUCAGUCGGUUUUAGAUUCUUUCGAAGUGGCGGUCAUGCUUUGCAUGCAUCUUUUAUAGAGUUCUCAAGCUAGUGUGUUGGGUGUACAGAACUCAGCUAUUGAUACAGUCGUAACACUGCCUGCUCUGAGUGGGCAUCUCAUUAGGGUCAGAAGAUUUCACUUAGAGAAGGACCUUGGAUGUGUAGUUGAUAGAUUUUAUUAACUUUCUUUUUCCGUGUACUUUGUAGUGAACAGGGGGGAGUUUCCAGUUGGCUUUAAGACCAAUCCUAAUCAUGUCGUUUUUAAC